UUCAAUGUUGAGCAUGGCAGGGAGAUGAGGCAAGAAUCCAAACGGUGAAAGCAUUUAAUCAGCAGCUGCAACAGCUGAACAGCUGAAGCAGAUUAUCAGCUGUUGCAAAAAACACAGAGCAUAUUGGUACCAAUCUUGUGAACUGUUCAUCCCAACACCCACUUUUUCCCCAUAAUAUUUAACAACUCCUCCCUCUCACAUGGCCUCACUUUUCCCAUAAAUUAUUAAAUCUCGCUCCUCUCUCUUUCUCUCUCUAUACUCUAUCUAUCUGUGUUUUCUAGAGAGAGAAAUGUGGGAUUCCAGUGCAGAAACAUCAUGAGCUCCCAAAGCCUCCAUUUUUUACCAUGCUUUCUUCUUCUUCUUCUCUCGGUCCAAUCUUCUGCUCUCGACAGAGAUGGACUUAUCUUACUUUCUUUCAAGUUCUCUAUCCUCCGAGACCCUCAGUCCGUUCUUGCAACCUGGAAUUCGUACGACGAGACGCCGUGUUCAUGGAGAGGCGUCGUUUGCGCGGCGCCGCCAACACUAUCGUCGGAAAACUACCCAAGAGUCGUAGGUUUGAAUCUUCCCAACUCUCAGCUUCUGGGUUCCAUCCCUGCCAACCUUGGCAUGAUCGAACACCUUCAAAGUCUCGAUCUUUCCAACAAUUCCCUCAACGGGUCGCUCCCACAGUCGCUCUUCAACGCCACGAAGCUUCGGGUUCUUGAUUUGUCGUACAAUUUAAUCUCCGGCGAGUUGCCUGACGCGGUGUCGCAGCUCACCAACCUCCAGAGUCUCAACCUCUCCGACAAUGCCUUGGCGGGAAAAUUGCCCAUCAAUCUGUCCUCACUGCCCUCUCUAACGAUCAUUUCUUUGAAGAAUAAUCAUUUCUCCGGCGGCCUUCCCAGCGGGUUCGAAUCCGUUCAGGUUUUGGAUCUGUCUUCGAAUCUGAUCAACGGCUCCCUGCCGUCUGAUUUCGGCGGCAACAGUCUGAGUUACUUAAACGUCUCCCACAACGGAAUUUCCGGGAAAAUCCCACCGCAAUUUUCUGAGAGAAUUCCAGGUGACGCCAAAACCGACCUAUCUGUCAACAAUCUCACCGGUGAACUCCCGGAAUCUCAGGUGUUCUUGAACCAAGAAACUGGGUCUUUUACCGGCAAUCCUGAUCUGUGUGGCCCACCGACCAAGAACCCAUGUCCGAUUCCUUUUUCUCCUUCCUCUCCUUCCUCUUCACCCAAUGCUUCGUCUCCGAAUUCUCCUCCGGCAAUUGCUGCAAUUCCCAGGAACCCAGAAGCCGUUUCGCCGAUGUCUGCAAAUGAGCAUUCACAGCAGAGCCAGACCGGGCUCAGACCGGCCGCCAUUGUCGGAAUUGUAGCCGGCGACAUAGCCGGAAUCGGAAUCCUAGUGCUGAUUUUCCUGUACAUUUACAGAUUGAAGAAGAAGAAGAGAACCAAGGCCGAGAUCACAGCAACGCUGAAGAAAGAAGCUAAUACGAAUUCAACGCCGGUAGUCAACGACUGGUCGUCUUCCUCGUCAGAAUCGAAAGGGUUCACCAGAUGGUCGUGCUUGAGAAAGCGAGGCGAAGACGAAGACAGCUCCGACACGACAGCCUCCGACUCCGAAGAACAUCAGACGGAGCAGAAUCCCCAAAAGAGUCACGAAAUCAAACGGCAGCAAGAGCAGGAGAAGAGCAAAGGCGGGACCUUGGUCACCGUCGAUGGCGAAAAGGAGCUAGAACUGGAGACACUGCUCAAAGCCUCGGCGUACAUUCUGGGCGCCACCGGUUCGAGCAUAAUGUACAAGGCAGUGCUCGAAGACGGAAGCUUGUUGGCAGUUCGGAGGAUCGGGGAGCAGAGUGUGGACCGGUUCAAGGAUUUCGAGAACCAAAUCAAGCUCGUGGCCAAAUUGGUUCACCCGAACCUGGUUCGAAUUCGUGGAUUCUAUUGGGGGGUUGAUGAGAAGCUCAUCAUCUAUGAUUUCGUCCCAAAUGGCAGCCUCGCAAACGCUCGUUACAGGAAGGUGGGCUCAUCGCCUUGUCAUCUACCGUGGGAAGCGAGGCUCAAGAUAGCGAAAGGGGUUGCCCGUGGGCUCGCGUACCUCCACGAGAAGAAGCACGUCCAUGGGAACCUCAAGCCUACCAACAUUCUCCUAGACGCAGACAUGGAGCCCCGGAUUGGUGAUUUUGGACUCGAGAGACUUUUGUCCGGCGACACAAGUUACAAAAUGGGUAGCUCGACAAGAAAUUUUGGAAGCAAGAGAUCAAUGACUUCGCGGGAUGGCUUUCAGGACUUUGGACUAGGACCUAGUCCAGGUCCAAGUCCGAGCCCUAGCUCCAUGGGCACAUCGCCUUAUCAUUGCCCUGAGUCACUUCGGAGCCUAAAGCCCAACCCAAAGUGGGAUGUGUACUCAUUUGGGGUGAUAUUGCUUGAGCUGCUAACCGGGAAAGUUGUGGUUGUGGAUGAGGCAGGGCUUGGAGUGGAUGAUAGCUGCAAGGCCUUAAGGAUGGCAGAUAUGGCAAUUAGAGGUGAAUUGGAGGGCAAAGAGGAGGCCUUGUUGUCCUUGUUCAAGUUAGGGUACAAUUGUGCGUCGCCUGUCCCACAAAAGAGACCAACAAUGAAAGAAGCCCUACAAGUCCUGGGGAAAUUCCCAUCUUCUCCUUCAUCAUCAUAUUAUUGUGCCCCUUAAGUUGUAGAGAGAGAUGUAUGUAUGAUUGACCAAUAAUUUUUUGUUUUAUUUUAUUUUAUUUUUCAGUAUGAAUCCAUCUGUUUUUGAGAUUAUUGGAUUGGUGCUUGUAGUAAGUUUAAGUGUUGAUUAGCUAAUAAUUAAUCUUCAUUAGUCAAUAAGAUGCACCUUGAAAUUGUUGGCCAA